AUGUCCGGGUAUGACACGGACGGGCCACCUAUGGGUAAUGGGCCGGGACCGUUGGGCCACUACACGAAGGUCCAUAACGGGCUGGGAUGGUUGGAUCUGGAAGAUGGGCCCGAGUAUGACAAAUUGAGCUUGGCGGAUCAGCAGGCCCAGUGGGCUGAACCGGAGUUGGACCUGAGGGGGCUGGGUGGGCCGAGGAGGGCUGGUGACAAGAUGGGGAAGGGAGGGUCGGCUCCAAGGGUGCGGACCGCAUUGGACUGGGCAAGAGCGGGCCGAGCCGAAACCAGUCGAGCCGGGAUCGGGCGGACUGACGAGGAUCAGACCGAGUUGAGCCGAACCGGACCGGGUCGGACCAGAAUGGGUCGACCGGAGGUGGGUCGAACCGGACAUCGAUCGAGCCCUACUUCUCAGCCGAUCAGGAGGGUCGACAGCAGGGGACCAGCAGGCUGGGAGGGGCCUUACGAGGCACCUCCCGCUCCAGGAGGGUACCCGAACCAACAAGGGAGCUACCCGGGUGAUUAUGGGCACGGAAAUCCAAGCCAGAUGCAGUGCGUUCCAUUUGGGCAGCCGUGGAGGACCCCAGGAAAUGACAGGUAUGGGUCCCACUAUAUGAACUAUGAAGGAAUGGAUGGAGUAGUUUUUCGAGCUAAGCCUCCUACCAUUGAGUUUCCAAAAUUCAAUGGGCAAAAGGAUGCAGGCCUUUGGUUGUAUGCAGUUGAGAGGUGGUUUAAGAACCACCCAAUUCCAGAGGAGAGGAAGGCCUAUCUGGCAUCGUUCUAUUUGGAGGGAGAUGCGCUCCAGUGGUGGGAGUGGAGGGAGAGAUCCUACGCAGCCGCAACAACUUUGAUCACCUGGCACAUGUUUCAGGAAGAGCUCCGCUAUCAGUUUGGGAAGUCAGAUGGGUGGGCUCCUCAGCAGUUGGCGAAACUGAAGCAGACCGGCACGGUGGCAGAAUACCGUGCGGAGUUCUUCAAGUUGGGGAACUAG